AUGAAUUUAGCUCACUCUUCCGGGGAUAGUUUAUCCACCCGGGAAGACGAUGCGUCGACCCUACAUUCGACCCCCCGUUCGGAUAUAUUUUCCAACGACGAUCGCUCGACUUCGGCUUCAACGAACUUGGCUUCCGAUAUCGACCGCCAUUCACAUGAUGUUGAUGUUCCUGCGCUUGCUGCUGUGUCACAGUUCCCGCAUGUUGUGAAUGAGCAAGGUGGUUCAUUUCUUGUGUCGGAGGUUGUGAACGCUGUAGCGACCUCUGCCUCCGGCAGUCUGCCGGAAUUUAGACUUUUGGAUUCGGGAGGCUCUUUGCUGCCAGACCGAAGCUAUGAUCCCACCCUUCUGGCUAGACCGGAUUUUGUGUUUGGUCACGGGUUGUAUCCGGGUGGCGAUGUGAAUAUGGAAGGAUCUAUUCAGACUUUGAUCCACCGCACCACAGGCCUGCACAAUAUCGCUAUUGCGCAAGACAGUGAUAUCGAAUCUCAGAAGGACAUGGUCAUGGAUUACGAGUCCACGACUAUGGAAGCCAACCCCUCUCCUUCCGAAUCAGAUGAUGAGCUUGAAGAUUUCAUCCGAUUCUACCCGGAUGAGGAAGAACACUACAACCUGCGUAAGCAACGCCCGAUGCACGAUUCUGAAAUGGUAGACUUUGACUUGGACGAUUUCUACAACACCAUCAACUACGAGGACAUUGAUGUAGAUCUCCCCCAGUCCCUUGGGGGAUCUGUCCACGAUCUGACUGAGAACCACGUGGCCGAGCAAACAGAACCCGGACCUCAUCCGGCAUCUAUAAUACACACUUCCACUUAUGAGCGGAACCUUACUGUUGACGAAUUUAUUCAGCGAUGGAUGGUUCAAACAAACAUCAUUCCUCAAGGAUUCCAUUCCGAAAGUCGAAUUCCCCCUCAGCUCCGUCCGUUGUCAAAAAUGAUCAGCUGGAAGCCCCCACGGGAAAUUGUGCGCCCCCAUGAAUGGAGACGGGAGUUUUAUGAUCUACAACAGAUCCCGUGGACAGAAACCCUACGGGUCAAACGGGCCGAUGCAAGAGCGAUACGCGACGCCUGGUACACCUCGUAUCACAACUUGGACUACUCGCACCUCAAUCAUGCCAAACGUCUUUCACGACAUGAAUCUUUUUUCCGGGAAGGUUCUAUGCACACAUCCCACAAGGCGUCCAUUGAGCAUUUCCAGCUUCGCAACCUGAUGUCGGCCCCUGCAUAUAACACAGUCCAUUUCGCCUGCCGCUCGAAGGUGUAUUCAUGGAGCCCGACCACCGGCGACGCAUCCUGUCUCAUUGACCUAAGCAAGGCAGACCCAGACUCGGGCUUCCUUGGCCCAGUCAAGAUCUCCACGGUGAAAACAGCACACGGCCUCACAAUCGCAGGCGGUUUCUGUGGCGAAUACGCUCUACGCAGCUCGAUGGGCGGCGCCGGCACCAGGGGCCUCGUAACCCCCGACUUCAACGACGGCAUAACAAAUCACGUCGACAUCAUUCCUAAUCGCACCGGUCCCUCGCCCAUUGGCGUCUUUGCCUCAAACGACAAACACCUUCGAAUCCUCGACACAGAAACCAACGUCUUCCUCUCCGAUCAGGAACUCUCCCAACCAAUAAACUGCACCGCCACUUCCCCAGACUCCCGUCUGCGCGUCGUAAUAGGCGAUUCCCCAGACGCAUGGGUCAUCGAAUCUGACACAGGCCGACCGGUUCAUCCCCUCCGCGGACACCGCGACUUCGGCUUUGCCUGCGCCUGGUCCCCCGACAUGCGGCACAUCGCAACCGCAAACCAAGACAAAACAGUCAUUAUAUGGGACGCGCGAACCUGGCGGCCCCUCGAAACAAUUGAUUCCGACAUCGCCGGAUACCGCUCUCUACGGUUCUCGCCUGUCGGCGGCGGUCCCAGAACCCUCCUCUGCACCGAGCCUGCAGAUCGCAUCUCCAUCAUCGAUGCACAGCUCUUUCGCUCUCGCCAGGUCCAUGACUUUUUUGGUGAAAUCGGCGGCGCGGAUUACUCCCCUUGUGGUAGUGAGAUCUGGGUUGCGAACACUGAUCGUCAUUUCGGUGGUUUCAUGCAGUAUCAGCGAAGGCAGUGGGGUCAGCGUGUUGGGCUGACGGAUUUUCCCAGUGAGUGGAUGUCUGAGGAUCGCCUGGAGGGGGAUCCGAGGUGUGUCUUGAGUAAGAAGGAGCGCGAUCUGAGGUUUUUGAGAAAUCUGUCAGAUGAGGAGCAUGAUUCGUUGAUUCUUUGA